AUGUCUAGUGAAAAAAUUGAAGACGAAAAGGAUAAAUUUCCCAUCCCUAAAUGGGCGGUUACUCCAACAACGGGAGCUCAUUUGGACGUAUACAAGGGUUCUCAACUCAUUCAGGUUGGUGAAAAGACUUUUUUCUUUUAAUUUUAUGUUCAGAAGUUGAUGAUUGAUGAAAAACAUGCGUAUUAUUUUGGCCGCAAUAAUAAGCAGGUUUGACGAGUUUUUUUUUUCGAGUAUGCCUUUUCCUGGACAAAUGUAUUUAUUGUCAAGGAAAAAUGGAUUAGCUAUUUCGGAACACCCCUAAUGGACAUGUCAACUCCUUAGAGUUGAGGUUGAUUUUGCCGUCGAACAUGCAUCGUGUUCUCGCGUUCACGCUCUGCUACUCUACCACGGAGUUCUCAAGCGGUUCGCACUAGUUGAUAUGGAAAGCAGUGAGUGGAAGUUGCAAGGCUUUCCCAAACGACUUUUUGCAGGUCAUGGCACUUUUAUUGGAAACGUACGUAUCAGCCCUUUGACAGUUGUGUUUAUAGACAUCGGUAGCCAGUUUCAACUUGGAGCGUCCACCAGAAAGUACUUGUUUUAAUAUACUUUUAUGAGAAUUGGGUAAAAGAUGGUACGACAAAAUCUAAAUUUUGCAAAUCUUGUAUACCGUAAGCCUGUGUACGAAGAUCUCAAAUCCCGAAAUCGUGGAAACCACAAUCUUGGAGAACAAAAAGCUCUCAUUUUCGCCUUAUUCAUUGCCCUUUUUUUCUUUUCUUCUCUUGUUUCGAUCUACGAACACAAUUUAUGAUUAAAUCAAUUCGCCAAAGCGAUGAUUUCUGUUUUCCAAGAUUUCGGUCUCUAAUAUUUUGGUUUCCUAAGUUAUAGGCUUUGAAACCUGCGUAAACAGGCUAACGAUCCUCAAGAAUUGCGGACUUGAUGUUUUGUCGUAUGGUUAGAAACAAACGUGAACCGAAAACUAGCCUUUUUAAAAGUCAACAAGACACGUUAUGAUAUAAGUACGAAUUACAAGGUAUGCUGUGAGGUUGAAACCAGAGGAUGGUUCUGCAGAAGGGCCCGAAGAUGAGAGCGGUUUGCCGUGUAUAACCGAUGAGAGGCUGGAUGUAGGCCGAACGCAAUCGACCAAGUCAAAAGAGGAUCCUUUACAGCACCUGACCGAGUACAAUACAGCUCAAAAUCGACGAAUCCCUCAACUCCCAAUUUCUGUCGAAGAAGCGCGAAGGAAAAAACGACCGCGAGGGAACGUGGUUUUUCUAGAUGCCGAAGAUAUAAUCAAUCCAGGUUUUUUCUUUCUUUUGUGGGUAUAUUUUCAUAUUUCAAAAUCCUCUCUCACCUAAAUACGCUUCAAUUUUGUUUUUUAUCUCUUUUCUUCUGUAAAUGGUGAGAUCUACAAUAUUUUUCAAAUAAGAUUAUCUAGAUUCUUUUCAAAAUAAAAAGUAACUGUAGGCUCCUGUCUAGUUUUCUAAUAAAAAUUUAACGAUCUUUGAAUAAAAAGUUGAAAAAAAAAACGGGUCUAUCGGUUUCCAGAAGACGUUGAUCCAAGCGUGGGAAGGUUCCGAAAUCUCGUCACUUCCGCCAUUAUAUCUAACAAUCCACUAGGGAAACGGCGUGGCGAUGAAAGGAUUUCCAAUAAAAACGAACCUCAGCGGAAGGUGAGUGGAAAUUAUAUUGAAACGGAAGAAAGUUUCCGAGUUGAAGGUUAUUCGACCAAGUCGAGAGGUUUUGACACAGCCACUUUCCUCGACAUUUGGUUUGGCGCCUUUGAACGCGGCGCCGGAUCUGGAUCUCUAUGGCAAAUCUCUGCCACAACCUGGCGAUCAUCAAGGUUUUUUUUUUCAUAAAAUAGUUUUUUCGAAAAAGGUUUUUUAUUAUUAAAAGGAGGUUUUUAAAUUUCGAGUGCGUAUGCCAUCAAUUUUUUCUCAUAACUAUGAAUAAUGUUUGUUUAACGACUUUAAACAGAAAUCGCUGAAUCAGAAAAUGCCGCAGAAAGAAGAAAAAUCGUUUCAAAGAGAAUGAUUGCAGUGCUAACUGUCGACUUCGACGACUCGAAGGCGUAUCACAAGAAGAAGUACGCGAAGGAAGCCUGGCCAGGCCGCAAACCCACCGGCGUUUUUUGA